UCAAAAUUGUCUAACUUUUACCAUUCCUAAAAUGGAUAUCAACCUCUUCCAAGGAUCAAUCAAUGAUUUGACUCCCUAAAAUAGCCUAUAUCAUGCAUGCCUAUAUAUAUUUUUCAACACAUUCCAAGGCCAAACACAAUUUACAACAAUGGCAUCUUCUUUCUCUCAUUCAAUUCGCCUCCUCUCUCUUGCCCUCUUCUUGCUCCUCUUAUUCACUCCCUCCCUCGGCCAGGUUCACGGCUACGACCCCUUUACGUCGAAGGCGGUAAUGACCCAUCACGGCGGGCCACUCCUGACCGGAUCCCUCAACGUAGCCCUCAUUUGGUACGGUAACUGUGGCAGAGUCCAAAAGAGUACUAUUAGGAACUUCGUCAAGUCUUUGAACAAUGAAGGUGACAGAACCAACCUCCAACCUCAAGUUUCCAGCUGGUGGCAAGUGGUUGAAAGCUACCAAUCCGCAGUGCCAGGAUCACCCCUUGCAGGACGUCCAAGCCCAAAAAUCAUUGUGAAGGUGGUGAAACAAGUUACUGAUCUUACAUAUAAGUAUGGGAAAAUCUUGACUACUUUAGAUUAUAUUCCAAAGCUUGUCCAAGAUGCUACUAAUGGAGAUCCCAACCUCUUUCCCAUCAUCGUAACCGCAAGAGAUGUCACUGUACAAGGACUUUGCACUGGAAAAUGUGCUGAUCAUGGAGUUGUUGAUAGCAAUAAGCCAUACAUCGUAGUUGGGAACCCAGAAACGGAGUGCCCUGGAGCAUGCGGUUGGCCCUUCCACCAGGCUGACAAUGGGCCAAAAGGGAUGGUCCUACAACCGCCAAAUCUCAAUAUGGCAGCUGAUUCAAUGGUAAUUGCCUUGGCAACGGCAUUGGCUGAUACAGUCACCAAUCCUCUAAGCACUGGCUUCUACAAUGGAAUCCAGUUAAAUCCAAUCGGCCCGGGCUUGGCUUGCCGAGGCAUCUUUGGCAGUGGUUCUUUCCCUGGAAACCCUGGCAAGGUCCAUAUUGACCCCACCACUGGAGGGGCCUUCAAUGCUCAUGGAAACAAGGGCAGGAAGUUUUUGCUUCCUGCAAUUUGGAACCCCAAAACUUCUUCCUGCUGGACUCCCAUGUAGAGGGGAUUUGCUGAUUGAAAAAGCAAUAUGAAAAUUUC